AUGACGAGGCUCUAUCUCCGAACACUAGUGGUGACAUUCUUUCUGGCCACGGGAAUGACUGAGUUGCAAUGUUCCUCAGAGCCUUCUUGUCAGUGUCUGAUGGACAACGAUAGACUGUACGCAGACUGCUCUCACCUAAAUCUAACCGAAUCACCAGUGUUUUCACCAAACGUCAAAAUCAUCAACCUCAGUCACAAUAAACUAACAUGUUUGCCUUUAAGAGAAAGCAUUCCAGAUGGACUGGUUCAUUUAGAUCUUUCAUAUAAUUUUAUAUUUACUAUCUCAGGGAAUUCUUUUCAGGGAAUGAGGAACUUAACUAAACUUUUAUUACAAAAUAAUAAAUUACGAAUGCAGAACCAAAGUCAUACGCAAGGGAUAUUUAAAGAUUUAAAGAACAUUCAAAUAAUUGAUUUAUCAUACAACACAAAAUUGACAUUUAAAGUUCUUAGAAGUCUUUCUUUUGAUCUACAAAACACUUCAAUCAGAAUCCUUCGUCUGAACAAAAUUCACUGUACAUUUGGAAUGGGGACCAAAAUUCUUGUAAAAGAUUUCAAGUUUCUUCUAUACACAGAAUUAAUAGAAUUGCAUUUAGACAGUAACAGGAUAGAAAUGAUCGAGGACACCGCAAUCCGCUAUUUACCAAAGACCAUCAAGUUUAUAUCCGUAUCCGACAACAAAUUCACUUUUGGAAAAUACGUUUGUGAUGUUUCAUAUCUGGAACAUAUGCAGAAAAUCAAUAUAAGUGCUCAGCAUUUGGGCCAUCCUGUUAAUGAAAUAAAUACCUGUAACGAGAGUUUGAAUGACUCAGUGCCAUAUUGUGCCUCCAAAUAUGACCCAAAUUUCGAAAAAGCCUUAGGUAGUGUCCAUGUUAAUUCAAAAGAUCAUACUAUUAACAUGAAUACAAAAUUCAAAGGUAGAAGAAGUAGCGAGGUUUUAAAUUCAUCAAGUGAUGUCAUGUCACGUAAAGUUGAGGACCAAUGUAAAAAUUACAUGGAGGAUCAGUCUGUUUUUCACAUCGUGUUUCUUAAUGAAAGGUUCAUUUUCCCUGUACCGAAAGCACUACAAGUGAUUUACGCUAAUAGUAGUAAUUUACGAUUCAAAAUAUUUGAAUUACAUUUCUCUAACAACAAUAUAACCCAUUUUUAUCUCCAAGACAAUGCUUUUUAUUCAUGGGAUGGUCCAGUUCAUAAUCUGAAUUCCAUAAAAGUUCUCAAUCUUUCAAAUAAUUUCUGUUCUCAUGUCUCAGAAAAUUUUUUCCAAUAUGCAGGGAGUUUGACAGAAUUAUAUCUUGGAAAUAAUAUCCUUGGAUUCAGCUUAGCAUCGGACAUGAAAGGUUUGAUAUUUAGAAAUCUGAGGAAACUUGAAAUUUUGGAUUUGAAAGAAAACCGAAUUUCGACACUGCGAAAGACUGUGUUUCAAAAGCUAGUGAAUUUGAAGUGCUUAGAUUUAAGCAAAAAUUUUCUUAAAGCAUGGGAGAUUAACACCAUUUACAUGAAAAUUGUUGAUUCCAUAGAUCUGUCGAACAAUGAAAUAACGUCUCUUUCUGAUGGAGAUAUGAAAGCCUUUUACAGACUAGGGAAAAUAUAUUUCUUGCAUUUCGACAAUUACAAUUGCACUGAAGAUGCAGAACACGACGGAAAAGUCUUGAAAUUUGAUAAAAUUAAAUCACAUAUUUUAAAUUUACAAAGAGAAUGCCGUUCGUAUACCGCAAUUAUUUUUGUAACCACGGGGACACUGGUUUGCUUCCUCUUCAUACUUUGUACUGGACUGGCCUACAGAUAUAGGUGGAAACUUCGCUAUUUUUAUUAUAUGACAAAAAGCCGCUACCAUCAGUAUAAAUCUUUGCGAAAUGAAAAUCUUCCCCUUAACCAGUAUGACGCAUUUGUUUCCUAUGCUGACGAGGAUAGAUCCUUUGUCCUGAGAAUGAUAAAAGAAUUAGAAGAGGAGGAAGGCAUAAAAUUAUGCAUUCAUCAGCGCGAUUUUGUACCAGGAUUCGACAUCGCUGAGAACAUUAUAACCGCCGUUAACAAAAGUAGAAAAACGAUUAUUCUCAUUUCCCCCAAUUUCAUCAAGUCCAGCUGGUGUAUGUACGAGUUACAUAUCGCCAAAAUGGAAGAAAUUUACAGCAGGAAUGAUGAAAAUGUGAUUUUCCUCAUCCUUUAUGAAACUUUGCCUUUGAAGGAUAUUCCUCUAACUUUAAUGGAUCUGAUUAACCAGAAGACAUACAUAGAGUUUCCAAAUGGUGAUCAUGAUCAGGAGUUUAGUGAUGAU